AUGGCUUCACAAAUACAUUUUCUAGACAUUAAGGGCAAACCAUUACUAUCCCGUGACUACAAAGGAGACAUCCCAUCCAACACAAUUGAAAAAUUCCCCCUUUUAUUAUUGGAUUUGGAAAAUACUAUAGAUGAUGGGGAAUACAAACCAUUCAUUAACCAUCAGGGGAUAAACUACGUCUUUAUCAAUCACAAUAACUUGUAUAUUUGUGCAUUAACGAGGAAAAAUGAAAAUAUAAUGACGAUAAUCAUUUUCCUAUCGAAAUUAGUUGAAGUUUUGACCCAGUAUUUUAAAUCAUUAGAAGAAGAAAGUAUAAGGGAUAAUUUUGUUAUAAUAUAUGAAUUGCUUGAUGAAAUGAUGGAUUUCGGAAUCCCGCAGACUACUGAUACCAAGAUCUUGAAAGAGUACAUCACUCAGGAUUACUACUCCUUGAUCAAGACUACACCAUCACAUUUAGUUGCUCCUCCUAAUGCUGUAACCAAUGCAGUAAGUUGGAGAAAAGAUGGUAUCAGUUACAAAAAGAAUGAAGCAUUUUUGGAUGUGGUUGAAAGUAUCAAUAUGUUGAUUUCACCUCAAGGUAAAGUCCUAAACAGUGAGAUUCUUGGAGAAAUUAAAAUCAAAAGUCAUUUGAGUGGAAUGCCUGACUUGCGUUUAGGACUCAACGAUAAAGGUCUUUUCACAAGCAAUGAUGAAUCCUCAACCACCGAAGGUAAAAGUGUUGAAAUGGAAGAUAUCAAAUUCCAUCAAUGUGUUCGAUUAUCAAAAUUUGAAAAUGAAAAAAUUAUCACAUUUAUCCCACCAGAUGGUGAAUUCACCCUAAUGUCAUAUCGUUUAUCAUCAGCUCAAUUCCUAACUAAACCCUUAAUGUUGGUCAAUUGUAAAACCAAGAUACAUAAACAUUCCCGAAUUGAAAUCAACUGUACCAUAAGAGCACAAAUCAAAAAGAAAUCAACAGCAAAUAACGUUGAAGUAAUUAUACCCAUUCCCGAUGAUGCCGAUACACCCAAGACUGAAACUGAAUAUGGAUCAGUUAAAUGGAUCCCUGAGAAAUCUUGCCUCGUUUGGAAAUUGAAAACUUUCCCUGGAGGUAAACAAUUUGCCAUGAGGGCUGAAUUAGGAUUACCCGCAGUGAACGAUUCUGAAACAGUGUUGAGUAAGAAGCCAAUUAAAGUGAAUUUCUCAAUUCCUUAUUUCACCACUAGUGGAAUCCAAGUGAGAUAUUUAAGAAUCAAUGAGCCAAAAUUACAAUAUCAAUCAUACCCUUGGGUUAGGUACAUUACAAAAUCAGGAGAAGACUACAUAGUAAGGACAAGAUAA